AUGUCGAUAAAAAGAGAAGUACCACUUUCUAUAAUUCCCUUCCAAGCCCCACAUCAACAAAAUUUCUUUUGGGAUCGUCAAAUAGUACUUCCUGGUGGUUUUAACAAGAGGACCAUGCCAAAAGUAGAUUUUAACAAAUGCUCGAAAGAACAAUUACAAGAUUUACUGGAAAGGAACUCGGCAUUAAUAAAAAACAGCUCUCUUAUGUCUAAUCUUUCUGAUAAAGGAGAAAAAAUACACAAAGCUCGGGCAGAAAUCCUUAAAGCCUUAUCGAAAUUCAAUAAUAAUGACACGGAAAUGGGCAUCUCAGGGGAUAAUUUGAAUAAUAAUGAUGUAUCAAAAGAAGAUAGAUCUAUUGGUGAGCUUCGAGUUCGUAUGGAUAGGUUGGCAUUUGACGAUAGUGUCCAUAUGGGAGUGUAUAAUGAUAAUUAUGCGGACAGUGAAUCUCCUCGCCAAGGUAAAUAUGUAAAACCGGUUCGACUCAAGAUAAUUCCAGUUGAGGAAGCUUCUGAACUUGAAGAAAAGCAAAUCAGACUUCAAAAGGAAUCAAAUAUUAGUGUGGCCAGAAAAUCAAGACAAAAUGAUUCGGAUUUCCUUGAACCUUUUGAAGAUGGCUCGGAUGACGAUUUUUGGGAUGACGAUGAAUACGUAUCUGAUAAUGGUGCCAGCGAAGUAGACUAUAAUAAUGAAGUAAUGGACACCUCUUAUUGA